GAGUCUGAGGAAAGAUGGCCGCCACCUUACAACUAGUGAGAAUUGUUGUCCAAUUGUAUAAACAAAUAACCAAGUUUGUUUGAACUAUUACAGAUAGUAUUUGCUCGCCUAAAUUCAGAUCCUCGUUUAUUUAUUAUGGUCAGUUAACAUGUACAGUUUAACGUCCGCUAGCAGGCACUUGCGAUCGGAGGAAUGUUCUAGUAGCAGUAAUAAGAUUCUACUUCCCCGAAGCCGUCUGCUUAAAGCCGUUGGUAAUCAUGACUGCAGUCUGCCAAAUCUUGCCACCGAAGAGGACGAUGAAGUACACUUUGACACUUCCGACACCGACAGUCACCAUGAAGUUCUCUUGGCGGGUAGACGCGACUCGUCCGUCCAAGAGUUUGCCUCAGCUAUCCCCAACCACCUCCUCAUGGGGUCCCUGCUGGAACUUUUGUGCUUUGUUUACGAAAGUAAUCCAGCACGCUCGCGAACAUUAUUUAAAGUUAUUGGCCAGCGGUUAGCUUCUAUGAAUCUUCUCUCACCUUUGGCCAUAAGUGACGAGUUCAGCACAGUCAGACUUCAACACAAUCGGGCCUUCACCGAGCUGCUUAAUGCUGUUAGCUCCUCACCGUACUCACUGGAGCAGCAAAGCCUUAACAUAAACACACACAACCCUGCACUGAGACAAAAGGAGAGACUCUUUCAAGCCCAGACGUCCCGUUAUUUAAGCGAGUUUGAAGAAAUUGGUCGAAUUGGAAAAGGAUCUUAUGGGAAUGUUUAUAAGGUGCUAAACAAACUGGAUGGGCAGUGCUAUGCUGUGAAGAAGAUUCUCAUUAAAAAAGUCUCAAAGGAGGAUUGCAUGAAGGUGCUCAGGGAAGUGAAAGUGCUGUCCAGUUUGCAACACGUCAACAUCGUCGGCUAUCACACAGCGUGGAUGGAGCACGUUCAGUCCACGAUGUAUGCAGAGAACCGCCUACCUGAACUGGCUACACAAGAAGACAUUUCUGACGAGGACCUUGACAGCAGUAGCUCAAGUUACUCUGUAGUUUUCCAAAGCCGAAGCCAGCCGCAGGUGAACGGUUCUUCAAACGCCGCUGUGCCGCCAAGCAAUGGCAACCCACUAGCGCUGACACAAGAGAAGGGUCAGGAGGUGUGUCCGAGUAUGAUGCGACGUAUCCCCGAGAACUACGUACCCUGCGUCUUCCUGGGACAGAGAGGGCCCAUUAAGACCUCGAAAUGUCCCGCCGUUGGUUGGGACACGUCCGGACUGUUGGAGGCGGAGUCUAGCAAUAGCGGGAUUGAGGUCAACAACUCCUCCUGUGUUGAAAAGAAGUAUGAGCAGUAUAGCGACAAUAAACAGAUGGCAAAACCUGCUAAGGAGGUCCACCUCCACCUGAUGCUCUACAUCCAAAUGCAGCUAUGUGAACGUUCGCUCAAAGACUGGAUGUCUGAGAGGAAUUCCAAGCCCAAAGAGGAGCAAAUUCCAAGAUGUCCUUACGGAUGCGUGAACGCUGAGAACACGUUCAGUCUGCUCAGAAAAAUUCUGGAAGGGGUGGAAUACAUUCACUCGAGUGGAAUAAUUCACAGAGACCUCAAGCCAAGGAACAUUUUCCUGAACGGUCAUGACUGUCACGUUCGUAUUGGCGACUUUGGUUUAGCUUGCAGUGGUCUAAUACUAAAUAGUCCGGAAAGCGUCAUUUCUCCCACUGAUGAUUCCCCACAUACGACGGGCGUGGGUACAUUUGUCUACGCAUCACCUGAGCAACUGCGGAGCUCCCAUUAUGAUUCAAAGUCAGACAUGUACAGCAUCGGGGUGCUCGCUCUGGAGCUUUUUCAGCCCUUUGGUACAGAGAUGGAGCGAGUCCGGACAUUAGGGGACCUGCGAGAGGGGAAAAUACCCGAGUCCUUCAGCAACAGAUGGCCUGUCCUCGGCAAUUACAUCUCGAAGCUGACGAGUAUUGAGCCCGGCACGCGACCCACGGCCAGCCAGCUUCUACAGAGUGAACUCUUCUGCAGUAAAGAUGUGGUAAUCUGUGGUUUGAAGAAAAAGGUUGCAGCACAAGAGGAAGAAAUUCUUCUUUUGAGGAAACAAAUACAGCGGCUACAAAGUUCACACAGCACUUUUCAAAAUUGUCAGAGUUGGGAAGACACUUGACGCCUCAAAGGUUCACAAUGUGUCUUGACUUGAGUGAUUUCAUUUGUGCGAGUGCAUUCGUGUGGUCCUGGAAACAUUUAUAGAAAGGUCCAUUACAAUCAAUAUAUGUGUCAUAUUAAAUUAUUUAGUGUUUUACAGUA